AUGUCACAGAACACAAUACAUGUUAUUUUCGCAUUCCUUGCUGUAACGAGCUUAGUCAUAAGCAAAAAAAUCCACCAAGUUGAUAAAGAUGUACCUCUCCUGAUUACGUGCAAUCGCCAUCAACCGAUUAAAAAUCUGGAAAAAUGCUUAAUGUCAGGCGUAAUUUCAAUGAAGGUACAUUUGAUGAGAGGUGUUCAAGGUCUGAAUAUUCCGCGAUUCUUUCCGUACAACAUAGAAAAGUUUAAAUUUACCUCGGAAAACCAAUUUGAUGGAAAUGCGAUUCUUUCGAAUGUCGUGAUAGAAGGUCUAACAAACUUCACGUUAAGAAAAGUCGAAGUUAACGACAACAUAUCACAGAUUAAACUGAAAGCGUACUUUCCACGCAUUACAUUUCUCGCCAAAUAUGAUAUAAACGCUCUAAUCUUUGAUAAAUAUCUAAAAAGAAGAGAUCGUAAAGUUAAGGGGAAUAUUACAGACAUAUCAAUCAACGUCACAAUAGAUGGUGAAUAUUAUAAGCAUCCUGACAAUAAUGAAGAAUAUUUCAAAAUCAAUAACGUCCCCGUGGAAUUGAACAUAAAUGAAGCCACGUUCUACUUGUACAACAAAAAAGUACCUGACCCUAUAAUAGGACAUAUAAAUCAUCAUUUGGCCACCGAUAAAAGAAUUGUAGCAAAUGAAAUAACUCCCGCAGCUAAGGCAUUCGCUGUCAGAAUUAUCCGUUUCAUUGCCAAUAAGAUGUUCUCAAAUAUCCCGAUAAGAUUAAUAAUGAAAGGCGAAUCUGAACAUUUUUAG